AUGGCGGAGACCUUCAAGAGAUCGAGAAAUAUUGAGGAAUCAUCAUCAAACUGGGCAGAACUUUACUGCGAUGUAUUAGAGCACAUUUUUCAGUUUUUGUCUUUCAAGGAUGUGCUUAUAGUUGAAGGCGUUUGUCGUCCUUGGUUCUCAGCGGCAAAGGCUUUUAUCAAGUCUCGCUUUCAGUCCUGUCAAUUAGUGCCCUGGCUACUCCUUCCUCCUGAUGAUGGAAGAGCCACCAGUGAAUAUUGUAUUCUGAAUAUGGAAACAAAAAAUGUUUCUAAGUUGAAGAAUAUAUAUAACGAGAUGAGUAACGGUUGCUGCAUUGGAUCAUCGCAUGGUUGGCUUAUUUUCUUGGACGAAAGUGUCGCUCCUUUGCUUUUAAACCCUUUUCUUCAAGUUAAAAUCAAGCUCCCACGUCUAAAUUCUUUGAUGGGCAUUCUUGAAAUUGCGAGAAAUGAUAUUUAUUGGGAAUAUUGCAUCUACUAUUAUGACAAAAAAAGGAAAUUUUCUGUUUCUUAUGCGAUGAAUUUGCGUGAGAAUGUCAUACACAAAGCUGUUUUGCACUUACACGACUCUUGUUUUAGCAUCAAAGGCUUCACAAUCAUAGUUAUUUACGGCGUUAAUGCGAAGCUUGCAUACUGUAAAACUGGUGAAAAUAGCUGCUGGAUGGAUUUAGAGGCUAAGCAUCAACCGUACCAUGAAAUCCUAUGCACUAAUUCACAACUUUAUGCAUUAAGCAGUAAUUCUAUUGAAGUUUGGGAUUUUGAUGAUGGUACCCCAAUAAAAAGGAUGGAUCUUGAACUGACAAAUUUUCCAGAGAAAUCAUCAAAGUUUUUUUGGCUGGGGGAUAGAGAACUUUAUGCAACCAAAUUUUACUUGGCUGAAAUACAUGGAGAAGUAAUGCUUAUGGUGAGGCUCAUAGGAGAAUAUGUUAAUGGAGAUGAUGAAGCAAUUCGUGAAGAAGAUCUGCUAAUUGAAGACGACACACAUCCUCUUGUGUGUCCAUAUAAAACACUGUUAUUUCAUGUAUAUAAACUAGAUUUGGCUGAGAGAAAUUGGGUAGAAGUUGAUUCACUGGGCGAUUAUGCAGUUUUCUUGGGUGGAAAUAACUCGGUUACUGUGUCGACUCAAUUUUAUAAGAAUUCAAUUUUCUUCACAGACGAUUAUUGGAGUCGAAUGAAUGAAGAUUACUUGUAUGGAGGUCAUGACAUUGGGAUUUUUCAUUUAGAAGAUUACAGUGUUGAACCUAUUUAUCCAUAUGGCUCGGAAAAGAUUCAACCACCGCCUUGUUGGGUUAACCCCAGUCCAUGGUCGGCUGUUUAG